AUGAAAGAUAUCUCGUCAGAUGUUUUGGGUUCCUGGUCUCGUGCUGUCACCACAUGUGAUGGUUGUUGGCAGAUCAGGGGCUAUUUCAGUCAAAAUUGCACUUUCAUUAUAAAAAACUAUCUGACUGGUGGCCUUCUUUACUAUGGCCAUCUGUCCAUGAGAGGUGCAGAUAAAAUUUGUGACGAGGAGUUGUGGCAGGGCACAGCGAAGGCUGCUGAGGGUCACUUGGCUCAGGUCCUGUGGUCCAAAGCAAAGGAUGAAGAUUUGAAGGUGGAAGUAAACUGGCAGGAUGCCGACUCCUCAUCUGCAUUAGGUUUCAGGUAUUCUUUCCCUAAUGAAUUAGAGUCAAGAGUUAUGUUGUGUGGGGGGCAUGUGGGAAGGGCCCAUGGUAAGAAACUCCAGGAGCUUCAAAGCAAAUCGACUGUUACUACCCAGUUCAUUGCCCUUCACAAAGAGCAGUUCCCUAAUAUACAAUCAGUGAAGUGCUGUUGUGCUGGCAAAAAGCAUAGAUUUGUCUCCAAAAAAGACAAACCUGCAUGUGGUUGUAUCGGUCCUGGUUUUAUCCAGAGUGCCAAGAGAAACCAUUACUGUGCUCUUGUUCAGGCUGAUAAUGACCCUGAGAAAUACAGGGCAACCAUGCUCACGCUUGGAAAGUACCACAGCAGGGACAUACAUUCAUGGGAGGGGGGUUUGUGUUCGUUUCAUCCGUUAGUAAAAUGUAGUUGUAAAAAAUGUGAUGUAGAUUUAAAUGGGUUUUGCCCAGAAAUGAAAUGCUCUGGGGAAGCAUACCACUCUGCUCAUGUCCUGAAGUGUGACUUUCAUGGACUCCUAUAUGAGAUUGAGUGUGCUAACAGAGCCAAAGAUGCAGAGAAGGUUAUAGACCCAAACUUAGGUAAGGGUCAUUCUAACCUUCCUGAAUCGUCGUUUAGUGUCUUGACUAAGUUUAGGGCUAAGGACAUCAAUUUACAUCAGACACACUACCAGGCAUCUACCAACCUUGGCUUGCUACAAUCAUGUAUGACCUGGUGCUACAAAGUAAAAGGACCAGAGUACCACUGGAUAUUAGAGCUAUACUCCAGGAUGGGAUUACCCAUUAUUGAUGGAAUUCAAGAAAUG